AAGAGCAGGCAGGCAGCCUGGGCUACAAGUGCGGGCGCUGACAGCUCCGGUGCAUGCUGCGGGCUGGGAUGGGGAGCAUCUCGGGGAACCAAAGCAAUUGAUCUUCAAAAAUCAUGGAUAAAGACGUCUAUGAUCUGUAAAGAAGCCUACAGCUUGGAUGGAGCUCCUUCACAUCAACGGUCAACCACAAAGGCUUGAUGAGUGCAACAAUGUGGACUGGGGUUAUAAUGUCAAAGACCCAAAAGCCUAUUGCUAUGAAAACCACUGUGUGACCUCAGCCUUGUCACCAGAUCAAUAUGAGUCCAUAUCAUUGGCAACAUCCGAUGAAGUGUCAUAUCCCAAACUAUCCCAAGAAGAUCAUGGCAAAGAAAGAAGGAAGGUGUGUUGCGUCGAAGAAGUGGAAACAUCUUUCACUUAUGUUGAUGAGAACGUGAACAUAGAACACGUGACUCAUCAACCAUUAAAGAAUGGCUGCAGCCAUCAACAUGUCAACUCUGAUAGAGAAAUCCAACAAGAUAGUAUUCAAGAAGUGUCUAUUAUGUCUGACGAUGAAGCCACCUCAGAAGCAUCUGGGAAGUCUGUAGACUAUGGCUUCAUCAGUGCAGUGACAUUCCUCAUCACUGGGAUUCUUCUCGUUAUAAUUUCAUACUUAUUCCCCAGAGACUCUAGAUCGGAUCCAAGUUCCAUCACAGCGAGAGAAAUGGAAAAAAUUGAGAAGAAGAACGCGAUUAUCGGAGCUCAUUUGGAUAGGUGUGUGAUUGCCGGGCUGUGCCUUUUAACUCUGGGUGGUGUUGUCUUGUCAGUAUUGUUAAUGAUAUCCAUGUGGAAGGGUGAACUCUACAGGAGAAAGGCGUUUGCUUCUAAAGACUCUGCUAAACUGUAUGGAUCCAUUAAUUUCAACCAUUCAAAGUCUGGUGGAACUGAAAACACCUUGGUGCAAGAAGAAACCAUUGACGUUGUGAAUUAAUGUUUCCUUCCAGACAUGGCAAAUGAUUUUCAUUGUCUGUCGGCUAAACUAUUUUAUGCUGUAAAUCUCAUUAUUUUUCUUUUUCUUUUCUUUGCUUCUUUGGAAGUUAAAAAAGCACUAGUCGUGUCAUAAACUGUUCUGUAAAAUAAAGCCGUUAUAAGGAUUACGUGUAUUAGUCUAUAUCGGGGCUAUUAAAACUGACAUGAGCAUGGACUUCUAUACAAAGUUUAAAAGCUGCAUUAAACAGGACCUGCACCCACUCCUGACAUGUCUGUUUUAAUACCUACUUGCAUUCCCCAUGUAGUAACAAUUUUGGAUAAUGUUUUCAUAUAACUUUGUUGUGCCAAUCAAGCCUCAUUCACACGUUUCACAUACAGUAUGUGAGCUGUACGUGUUCUCCACAGACAGCACACGUCCCCAUUUAUUUAAAUGUGUGCAUUCAGACAUCAGUGUUAUACC